AUGAAGGAUUUAGUGUUGCUCGCUCUAUUUGUGCUCGCGGCCGCCAACAUCGACUACUACGUUCUCGAAUAUGAGGACAUGGCCGCUGUCGUCCGUAAUGUUACCAAAUUGCAAAGCUAUGUGGACUGCGUACUUGAUAGAACACCGCCCUCAGAGUGCUCAGAUCUUGUUUUAACUUAUAAACGUAUUACGCCUGAAUGUAUGGAACAAGCCUGCAUGCGAUGCACUCCGAGUCAAAAGAACAGAUACUGGCGAUUCCUUGAAGGAAUCAGGCUUUACCUUCCCGAAGAUUACGAAAUCUACAGAAAGCACUUUGAUCCAGAUAACAAAUACUUCGAUAACUUGAUAGAGGAAUUAUCUAAUUAUAAAGACGUUGCU